UAGUAAGGACGCCGGUGAAUCAAAAGUUUAUCCUAUUUUGCUUUAAACUUGAUGAAAUAAUUAUAAAAAUGGUGGGUAUUUUUUCCAAGUUUUCUAGCAGAAAAACUGGACAUCGAAGAACUGAAAGUGCACUUGUGAGAACCCAUCUUUCUUUCAUUUUUUUCCCCAAAAUUCCUUUUUUAUAAUCUAGGUUUGUUUGAAGUUUAUUGCUUACAUGAUAUUUUAAUGGGAAUUUGGGUCUUUUUUUGUGUCAAUGAUGUGAGUGACUAUGAGUUGUAGAGGGGACUUCAUGCGGUAAGUAACCUAAUUUUGAGCAGCUAAUUAUAUUUUACUGCUGUAUCUUUGUGAUCUGGAUUAUGUAUUUACUGUUUUGUUUGACCUUUUAUUUAAGUAUUUUUUGUGGGGUUUUCCUUUUUUGUUUGAUUUGGUCUGAUAAUGCUUGAUUUCUUCUGAUCACUUUCAUCUCACCUUCCUCUGACCUAUUUGAGAUUUGGGUAGUUGUGAAUUUUGAAUUUUGGGUGACAGACAAUUCAUAACUUUUCUGGGAUAUACAUCAUAUAAGGUUGAUUUUUGAUAUUAUUGGUAUGUUUAGUUGUUGGGUUUAAGCUAGUUUCUUGCAUUGUCUUUUUGAUUCCUUUAUUAUUUGAUAAUUACAAAUUUCUUUUUAGAUGAUUUUGGGUUCAUGUAUUUUACAAAUUCCUUUGUUUGGGUUUGUUAUUAAGAAUGUUUAGGACAUGCUUCUGGUGUGAUUUUGCGAAGGAUUGGUUUUCAUCUUUGUCAUUGGAUGAGAGGGAGAUUGCGCCUCCAAAUUCCGAGGAUAUUGUAUCUGAUGUUGCACAAUCUGCCCUUGUUCAUGGCAUUAAUGUAGCUGUUGAAUUUAAACCUGUUGAACAUCCAAUCGAGCCUCUUGACAGCGAUAAGCCUGUUCAGUGUCCACUUCCCGAACCUUCAAUUCUAAAUAGUAUGGAAGGAACGGAUUUCUGCUGCAAAUGUAAUGAGAAGAACCAACUUGCCGCUCAUGAAAGGAGAGCCAACAGGUGAUUCCGAAGCAGCUUCCGAGACAAGAUCACGGCCUCCUUUGCCAAAUCGCAUGACACUUCCAUCAAUAAGUGCACCUGAACAUAAUCUUGUAAAUUUGCUAGAAGAAUGCAAAUCGUCUGGGAUUUUAUGAAGUUUUAUAUGAUGCUAUUUACACUGGAAUUCACUUGUGGUUUUUCAAACAAGUUACAAGUGCAAAAUGAAGAUGUUUGUAUCAAAUGCUUUUCAAAACAAUGAUUUUUGUAAGCUAGGCUGCACGGAUGCUUGUCACGGGUUAGGUGGAGUGGCGAGCAAGAAUCGAACCCAAGUUCCUCCUGAGCUGGGGGAAUGUGGAGCAUGCUCCAGUUGACUACCGAGACAUAACAUAUAUGAAUCUAUAAAGACAUAUUUUAGCAAA